GAUCCAAAAGGCUCUUUUGCGUUGCACUUUCGACGACUUCCGGCGGCUCCUCUCGCGAGGAUUGGCUGUUAGCGGCGUUGUGGCUAAGCUCGUGUAACGGCGGCGGUGUCGGCAGCUCCUGCAGCGAAGAGUUUGGCGCGAUGUCUCACACCAUUUUGCUGGUACAGCCUACCAAGAGGCCAGAAGGCAGAACUUAUGCUGACUAUGAAUCUGUGAAUGAAUGCAUGGAAGGCGUUUGUAAAAUGUAUGAAGAACAUCUGAAAAGAAUGAAUCCCAACAGUCCCUCUAUCACAUAUGACAUCAGUCAGUUGUUUGAUUUCAUUGAUGAUCUGGCAGACCUCAGCUGCCUGGUUUACCGAGCUGAUACCCAGACAUACCAGCCUUAUAACAAAGACUGGAUUAAAGAGAAGAUCUACGUGCUCCUUCGUCGGCAGGCCCAACAGGCUGGGAAAUAAUUGUGUUGGAAGCAUUGGGGGGGUUGGGGUGGGCUUGGAACACAGGUGUGUACAGUGUGCUGUAGUGGAAGUUUUGUAUCAUAGUAAUCCUGUUUCCACUUUGUUAUACUCUAGCCAAGACUGACUGUAUUAGAUGAAAUGUGAGGAUCUUGUUCAAUCGGAAACCCCCGUUACCUCCUCUUUUUCUUUUUUUUUUUUUUUACUUAAACAUUUUUAUGAUGAUUUAGAUGGAAGUUGUUCUUCGUCACUUAAUGUUGGUUCCAGUCCUUCAACUGUUCAUAUCUACUUUAUAACAUUCACAUACUAACCCUUCUUCAAGAUGGGGUGGGGGGUGGAAACGCAGUUUAGCCAUAUCCUCAAGAUAAAGUCUUGGUAAAAAUAAAUAAAUGUCCUUUAGUUAUA